AUGAACAACGCGGCUCACAUCAACAACCCUCAUGCGGUCCAGCCGAAGCAAGGGGACAUGGUACCCUCCGUGCCACUGCACUACCACCCGCUCCAGCCGUCGUUUCCUUCGGAUACCCUCGAGCGGAGCACCCCGAUCCCAUCAGUGUCGGGCCGGGCUGAUCCGCUCGGAUCUUCAUCCGUCAAUGGUGCAUUCUCCACCUCGUUGAAGGGCACGCGAGCCAUACUCCGCCGUCGUGGGCGUCGUGCUGAGGCCAUCGUUCCCGUCAUCGAGGACGCUGUGCGCAGUUGGCUAGCUGGCGAGUUCGAUACGCCCCCAACCCAGGCGGACUGGUUCCCCAUCGACCCCACACCUGUUGAUUAUGCAGCGACUACGGAAGGGCAGAACGGCGGGCCGAGUCGCCGCUUGCCGACUCAGCACCAGGCCGCUGACGUGCCUGAGCUGCCUGUCUCUAACAGGAAAGUAGCGGCGGUGCUCGAGCUGUCUCGCUCACCCGCACACUUGUCAUGGGCAGUCCCAGACAGUUUUGACCGCUUGGUCGUCCAUCUCGUGGUACGGUAUUACGAACUAGUUUCAUGGAGCGAGGACGAGCGAACGGCAACGGGCCAAGUUGUGCGCUUAACCCACAUCGUCCGCCCCAACAUUGUCCGCGCCAAGGCUCCACCAGCGUCGCAUGCUCUCCUCACGCCCGAGACGAGUGAUGUGUCAGGUGUGUCAAGCUCUGAUACGGAACAUGGAAGUGCGACGGAGGGCGACUCGUCUGACGCCGCGACCGAGGUUAACCACUCGGACACGGAGAGUGUGAUCGGGUACGAUGGGGACACAACGUUGCAAGCUGUGGAUGUGAGCCACGACUCGGACUUUGAGCCGCUUUCCCUCUCCGAGCGGUGGGCCGACGACGCGAGUGACGGCAGCGGAGCCGAGACGCCGCACGACACCCACGCGAGCCUCACGGAGCGCUUCGAUGCCCUGGAGCUGCACCGCACCGAGUCCCACGGCUCGUCGGCAUACGCGUCAUCCGAGGGCGGGUGGACGGACGGCGGUGUCGAUAGCUCCAUCUUCCACCAUGAGGGCCGGGGCACGGACUGGGCCGCCGACUCGCCUGUGGUGGGAACGACAUCCCUUCCUCGGCUCAAGGGCGGCGCGCCACUGCGUCUCGGCGGUAAUGGACCCCUGGACAAGCCAAGCUUCUUCGAAUAUCUCUUUGGAGAGUAG